AUGAAAGAGACAAAUGCUCAAGGAGAAGUCUUCAAGAGUAAUGGAAACAUAAUUCCUGUGAAAAAGUAUGCACUUUCGUCUGAAGAACAGAACAAGCUUAUUUCUGUGAUACAUAAAGCUCUAAAUGAUCACAACCAUGUUAUUGAGGAUGACAAGCUACAGUUAGUUAUAAACACAAUCAUGAAACAUUAUGUAGAUGUCUUGAAUGUUGGUUCGGCCAUAACAUGUGAAAGCAAUCAAUGGUGGAUUGGAGGCUUUCGUCCUUCUCAAAUUCUUCAGGUGAUUCUGCCUCAACUUCAACACGUUUACACCCAACAACAACUUAGUGAUAUUUAUAAUCUUGGACAAUCAUGUCAACAAGCAGAAUAUGCUCUUGCACAAGGCAUGGUAAAACUCAAGCAAAAUUUUGAUAAAUCAACAACAGCAAAUGGCGAAGAGUUUCAAUUGACGUAUGUACCUCAACAACUAUGCUUCUUUAAAGAGGCUGAUAAUCUUCGCCAAGAAUUCUUGCAUCAAUUUUGUCGUCUCCUUACAAUUUCUCAGCAAGCUGAAUUUGUACUUGCUCUCAAGGAACAUCUGCAUAAUCCGCAGCCUCGGAGCUCACUUUGA